UCAUGCAGCGCCAGAAGAACCGAUAGGCGGAAGACGUCAAAGUACCGCGAGGGCGAUUCGAGAAAUCAUAUGGCGAAGUUUAAUUUCGACACGCUCUCGCGGUACUUUGACGUCAUUCGCCUGUUAGUUCUAGUGGCGCCGCAUGAAAUCGAACAAGCCUAUUAAUUUAGUCGUUCGGAUUGACAGUGAGUUGUUGUCCAGACAACGCUUCACAACAAUGCUGUGACGCUUUUUGCAUUUCCGGUGUGUGGGAGAAACGCAUCAAAGCGGAAAAUGUCAGAUUUAGCUAAAGAGAAGGCCGCCCGUUUGCAGAAGAAGCGUGGAAGUGUGUCUUCCCUGAGCAGUCAUGAAGUCAGAGCUAUUGGCAAAACCAAAGACUCUAUCAGCACUGUGUCCUACAUUGAUGAGCCGGGUCACCAUGAUGAUCUUCCACGACCAGCAGUGCAAAUGGACAACACAUAUCAGCUCACACCAUCACGCCGUUUCCCAGUGUUAACAGUAAAUGACAUUUUGAAGGAUGUAUUGACCAGUUAUCUACAGGAGGAAAAAUAUGAACCUGAACUGUGCAGACAAAUGACCAAAACAAUCUCAGAGGUUGUCAAAGCCAGAGUGAAAGACCUGAUGAUUCCUCGCUAUAAGAUCAUAGUUAUCAUUAACAUUGGUCAGAUCAGAGAUCAGAACAUACGCAUGGGGAGUCGAUGUUUGUGGGAUGCAGCACAUGAUACUUUCUCCUCACACAGUUUCAAAAACAGCUCGCUCUUUGCCAGUGCUAAUGUCUUUGGGGUCUACUUUGAAUAAUACAGGGAGUAUUUUCAUAUCAUUGAAUGUAAAUUGAAAAAAAUCUUCAUUUUAAGUUAAUAAACCAUUUAUUUUGUUGCAACUAUAAAAUCCAUUGAGAGUUUGCGUGUUAAAAUUGCGUUAGAGUUGAGAAUUGUUUUAAUAGAAACAGGUAGGAAAAAACACCUAUUACAAGCUUACGCACAAACAUUGCAGGGUGUAAAGGACUCUGAUCUCUUUCAAAUGCCAAUCUUUAAUUGGUUUUCUUGCACAACUACAGUACAUCUUAGAUGGCAUACACCUGUCAACAUGGACGGGACGCAAUGUUCAGUUAGGGUUAGACACACCUUACUACAACAUAAUAAGAUAAACUAGUGUAACCAGCUUAAACACAAGCGUCUAUAUAAAUUCGUACAAUUAAAAAACAACAGAGCCACAUGAUAUGUCAC